AUGCUGACCGGGAAUGGAGGACACCUUCAACAUUUAUGUGCCCAGUGCACCUCAUGUGAUGAACAUGCCCCUUCACUGCCUCCCGAAUCAAUAGUGCAAAUGCCCGAACAGAAUACCCCUUCCGGCAGGUCUUCACAGAUAUGUUCAGAUAGAAGACAAUGUAUACAUGGUAUAAGCAGACAGACUAACUGGGUGGUUAGAAGUAGCUCACUUCCCCAACGGCACCACAUAUACAAAAUAAGCAAUCAUUUCGAUCCUAUUUUCAAGUUGGAGGCCCCAGAUCAAAUAUCAACUGACGGAGGUACAAACUUAGCCAGUGAGGAGAUGGAGGCCUUCUUCAGGAGAUGGUUAGUCAAGGUCCAUCUGUCAUCAGCCCAAUACCCUGAGUCCAAUGGCAGGGCAGAAGCAGCUGUCAAAUCAGCAAAGGGCCUCCUCCAAGAAAACACAUCAAAAGGUGGAGCCCUCGAGUCAGACAAGAUGGCAUGGCGUCAACACGCCUCUCAUGGAGAUCAACGGGUUGCUAGCUGCGUGACGGGGUACCUACAACUAAAAGAAUGGACGAAUACCAGUGGAAUCGACCGUGGCUACGGUAAAAACAACGUGAAGAUCUUGCACGUACGGAGGGAAGGCGUCGUGCACUCGAUCAAGGAGUAUGAAAUCAACACACAGCUGACUCUCAACAACGACAAAGAUUACAUCUUCGGGGACAAUUCGGACAUCAUUGCUACCGAUUCCCAGAAGAACACCGUCUAUAUCUUGGCCAAAAAGCACGGAAUAGUUUCCCCAGAAGACUUCGCUCUGCUUCUGUGCACUCAUUUUUUGAGCAAAUAUCCAUACGUAGAGAAGGCCAAGAUUGACGUUGACGCUUACCCUUGGCGCCGGAUCGUGUCGGAAGGGAAGGCCCACAACCACGCCUUCCUCUUCUCACCUGAGAUCCAACAUACUUGCACUGUCUCCCAGAGGAGAGGAGGCUCCGCUGCUAUCAACGGACUCACGGGGAUGAGAGUAUUGAAAACCACCCAGUCAGCGUUCGUGAAUUUCGUCGACGACGAGUUUCGUUCCCUCCCGGACAUGAAGGACAGGAUCUUCUCCACAAUCAUCACGGCAAGCUGGCAGUACAACACCGUUGACGGCGUCGAUUUCGGCAAAAUUUGGGCGAAUGUGUACAAACUAGUAAUCGACAAAUUUGCUGGUAAUCCCGAUACUGGCAUAUUUUCUCCCUCAGUUCAGAAUACCAUCUAUCUCCUCCAAAAGGCGGCGUUGGAUGAAAUCCCCGAGAUUUCGAAGAUCAGCGUCACUAUGCCCAACAAGCAUUACUACACGGUGGACCUGAGCAAAUUCCCCGAAGUGGGAAGUCUGGAAAACAACGAAGUCUUCCUUCCCAUGGACAAACCCGCUGGGAACAUCACGGCUGUUCUUGGAAGAGCUACGAAGUCAAAACUGUAGAUAUCGUUACUUCUGGGCUCUUAAAAAAGUUGAGAAAUUACCAUGCACAGUAGGCGUAAGGCUUCAUUGUUAAAUAGGAGUUUGUUGUUAGGUAUCUGCUUUCAGGUUCGAUUUAUUUUACUGUGAUCCACCUAUGUGUUGUUGACCCGGGAAUAAAGUACCAAUUAUUAUUACAAGGUGAAAGAUUGUUGAUUUCGUCAUCCAUGUUUUUUAUUUUUAUUUUUUUUAUUUUGAUACUCACUACAAUUUGUAGCAAGAUCUACUAAACGAACCAUAGAACAUUAUAAUUCAGAAUAUCCAGGAUCUACAAAGCAGUUCGAGAAGACAGCAUAAGCAAGCUACUAUGUUGCCAUACAUAGUGUUUACAAAGUCAGCCUCAGCAACAAAAAUAUCAUCUUGGUCUUCACAGGUUAUAAGAAAUUCUGCUUUUGAGGAACCGUCUAUGAUGAAUCAUUCUCUGUCAAAGGAUAUUCAAUUCUUGUCAAAAGAAAAUUGAAUGACAAUGAUGAAUUUAACGGGUGACAUCAAACACAUUACUAGGCUUCUGUGAAGUCGACUGAUCACUAUAAUUAUAGUAGAUUAUAUUAGUCGAACAGUUAGAAGUUAUGGGGGGGAAGUGAGGAAACUAGUUAGAAAAGAAAAGAGAUUCAGAGAUAAAACUCCUUGCUUAUUGCAAAGUUACACAGCUUGUACAACUCGAUGUGUUCUGUUCUCUAUCAGUAGAGAACAGUAAACAGAAAUUGCGCCUUGUAGAUAAUAAUAUUUGAUCAGUCCGUAUACGGACUCGCUUGCUGGUUCUAAUGUAAUAACUCACAAAAAUGAUAAGUACAAAAAACAGAGGGGGGCCCUGUAAGGCAAGUUGGUGCUAUCCGUCGUUAAUGGAUGGAUGUAAUGAUUAUAGAUUAAGGGAACAAAAUAAUCUUGCUUUGCUAAAACCAAUCGAGCUGAAAUAAUUUCUUAACCCAUGCCUGUGCAAUGUGCCUUCAGUCGUACGUGUUCAUAAUAAACCAAUUUAUCCUUUAUGCAAUCAGA